AAAGCGGUAAGUCCACUCAGUAGCAAUAUCAUUAGUUCAGUUCAGGAUGAAUUCUGGUGCUUAUGAAGUGAUGAAGGGAAAACCAUGGAAAGCUAUCAACUUUGAUUGGGAUUUUUCAGUCGGUGAUAAUGGACUCAGAAGAGGAAUCGCAAUUAUAGAAGAGAGGAAAAGUUUUAUUACAAUGUUGGAAAAGUUAGAGUUUCAAAUUUAUCCAUUUGACCAGAAAAAUGUGAAGAAGACAAGAAAUUUAUCCAAGUCCGGAUUUUUGAAGGAACUUAAUGAAUUUAAAAGACUUUGCUGUGAGGACACAUGUGGGUGCCUUUUGGUGACAGUUUCUUCCCAUGGAGUCAUUCUACCGCAAAAUGAACAAAGAGAUGGACAGACAGACAAGGUGGAAACAUAUGAGGACUACAUCUUGACACACCCAGAGCCAGAACAGCAAUUCUCACCGAAAUUCAAAGAUGAACGUGUCUCGGUGCGGGAAAUAGCUGAAAUAUUCAGAGAUCAAAGAUUAAAAGGAAUACCAAAAAUAUUCUUUAUUCAGGCAUGUAGAGAUGAAUCAAAACAAAUAACGGGAGAUCCAGGGGUGGAUGUAGGUGUACAACUUUUUCUUGGAGAAGAAGACAGUGUGUCGGAUAUUUCAGUUGAAAUUCCACGGACCCCAUCUGAGAACCAAAUUGUAUACUCACCUCCCUGCAUUGACGAUAGUGUCAUAGUGUUCUCAACUCCAUUUGGCUAUGCAGCAGGAUUUAAUUCUGUAAGGGGAAGCCAUGUUUGGAGUGAUCUUUCCAAGAAAUUUAAUGAAUUUAAAGAUGCAGGAAGGCCUGUAAAUCUUCUGGACUUCUUGAGAGAAACCAACUGCCAGCUAUCUCAAUCUCAGAACACUGUCAGCAUCAAAACAGAUAUUGUUAAAUAUAAACCAUUACUCAGUAUCUGCCAUACACUUACAAGACACAUUGUGUUUGACAAGGACAUGUAGCUUUCUAUACAAUGUAUUCCCACAUAGAAAUGCUUUUUGUGAUUUUUUUUUAAAAAAAAAAAACAUAGUUUUCUCUAUAUUUCACAUAGAAAUGCUUUUUGUGAUUUUUUUUUAAUCCAUAUGUAGUUUUCUGUAUAUACCCACAUAGAAAUGAUUUUUUUUUGUAAAAGACAAUGUUUUUACAGAUAUGAGGCCUAACAAAGGGGUAGCAGUGCUACAAUUUUAAUAUUGCAGAACUGUCUAUGACAACUUUGUUUAUAAUUUAAUAUCAAAAUUACUGGCCCAAUGUACAUCAUCAAAUCCAUAGUCAAUACCAAUUGUCUUUUCAACCAAACAUGAUGCCUAAAUUUGUAAGACUGGCAUUGGCAAAGGAAAAAUUAGAAAUUCUAUAGUUCUAUAAUUUAACUCGAUAAGUGUUGGUGUUAUUUAUGCAUUGUUAUACAGUGAACUUUGUUAUCUUUAACAUCUAGGUAUCUGAGAUAUCAUAGUGAUUAAAAAUCUCAACUACAUAUAAUUCAUUAUUGUAGCCUUGAUAUCCCUUGCCUUUGUAUAUGUUUAAGUUUUCUUCUGGUCUCAACAAGUUUGAAAGAAAAUAAAUUUUUGGCAACAAAAUGCAACCAUACGUAUCAUCCAGCAAUUGUAGAACUUUAUACGAUAUUGCUAUUUGUAGCGCCUGUUGGACACCCAAACAAAACUGAUGCUCUCUGAUUCCACAUGUUUGUCUUAAGGUCAGAGAAUUCAAUUUUGACCUUAUACUCUAUCAGUAGCUGUGUGAUAUUAUACAUUGUAUGUUUAGUUUCACUCUAUCAGUAGCUGUGUGAUAUACAAUGUAUGUUUAGUUUUACUCUAUCAGUAGCUGUGUGAUAUACAUUGUAUGUUUAGUUUUACUCUAUCAGUAGCUGUGUGAUAUUAUACAUUGUAUGUUUAGUUUUACUCUAUCAGUAGCUGUGUGAUAUUAUACAUUGUAUGUUUAGUUUUACUCCUAUCAGUAGCUGUGUGAUAUACAUUGUAUGUUUAGUUUUACUCUAUCAGUAACUGUGUUAUAUAUUGUAUGUUUAAUUUUACUCUAUCAGUAGCUAUGUGAUAUUAUACAUUGUAUGUUCAGUUUUAAUUAGUCUGUAGCUGUGUGAUAUUAUACAUGAUAUAUUGGUUUUCUUUUAUUUUGAAGGCGGUCAUCAGAAAAAAUUGUUUCAAUCCUGAUGCUUAAAUUCAUUCCUGAUUCUCCCUGUUCAACAAUUUUUGUGAUAAUCAUUUUAGAUUGACAUCAUAUCCAUGUCUUGUAUCACGCUUCAGGAUUAAAGUUGAAUAACUGUCAUAUAUUACAUGCAUCAAGAAUUCUUUAUUUU